AUGCUCUAUUACAGUGAAUUUACCUGUCACCAAUACAUACUAGUACUUAUACUAAACCCCCCACCUUCUCUUCCUUCCACCCUCUCUCCCUCCCCCUCCUUCUUCUCUUCCCUUCAGCCAUCUCCCGCCUAUAGGUUUACACUCAACGCUCAACCCAUAGGCUAUUGUAACUGUGGAAUUGUCGCACGUGUCUCACGCGAUAUCAUACCCAUGUACUGCACUAUUCACUCAUUAGGCAUAGCUCCUAUCUCCUCCUCAGACCUUACAAUACACUCGUUCAAUCCACCUUGUUUGGAUCUCACUACCUUGUCGACUCGCUUCCCAUAUAACCUUUCCUCCGCUCAUGCAAGACUGGCGGGUAUCGAGAAUGUCACCCUCUCUAGUCGUUGGCUCGGCCAUAUCGCCUGCCCCUACAACCUUCUCUGCUCCUCUGCCCAGCCGCAUCUUAAGCAGAAUCUCUGCGCGACUUCAGCAUCUUCGCCGGUCAUCGGAUGUGCAGCUGGCGGUAGACAGUUCGUUGGCAGAUUUCGUCGCUGGGUAAACCUGAACAGUCGUCCAAAGGCUAAUUUCUGGCUCAUAUGCAAUAAAAUCAGCAAGCCCCUAAGAAUGGCGUUGCCGCAGGAGGGGACAUAUGGCAAACGACUUGACAAGGGAGCGAGAUCCAAACAAGCUGACUAUAUACUGUACGAGAUAGGAGCUAUGCCUAAUAAACACGUGCGACACCACCGGGUCUCACUCUGUUAG